UUUUAUUUCGUCGCCGGAGUCGUUUCUACUCAGUAUAAUGUCUCAGCGCCGCGUUUGGCACUACAGGUGCUCUGUUGUCGACUGCAAAAGCGAACGAAAGAGUCUACAUACGCUGCCGGCAUCCGAGGACCUGAAGAGUCGGUGGAUUACUUUUAUUUUUGACGGCAAUGUUCCCUCAACAGUCGGGAAAUUCCUGUAUGUAUGUGCCAACCAUUUCACGUCCGACUGCUUUCUCAAUAAGGGUCAGUACCAGGCUGGAUUCGCCUCAAAGCUGAAGCUCAAAGAUGGAUCAGUACCGACUGUUCGUGACCCAGGUUCACAUUUGGAAACCUCAGCGGGUCCCAGUUCAGCAGCUCAAGCCUCUCCUGCAGUGUCUGCUGUGGACAGCGUGUUGCAAUGGGCCAAUACAUUAACUUCAGGUGUAUGUACACAGACGUCUUCCUCAGGUGUCCAAAGCACUGGUGUGGACGCUGAAUCACCUUCUCCCUCCCUGCCACUACCUAUAUCCUCAGGAACUACAAGUAAUGCAUCCCGGUCGGCUCCACCAGCUGAACUGAGUGAACAUUUGUGCAGUGGAACAUCUGUGGGUCUCCUGAGAGAGAGCCUCCACCAAGAGACUGACUUAAGCUCGACAGCAACAUCAAAAUCAGAUGAGAACGAGGAAACUAACUCGACUCAGUCAAAGACUAUUGUGAAUGACAGCUGUUUGAUGGAGCUGUUUAAGAAGUGUCAGACCUGUGGACAUACCAUAACCAAAAAGAAGGUGUCUCAUUAUGGUGCACAGACGAAGGUAACAUGGAGCUGCCUCGGUGGACACAAGGGUGUUUGGAUGUCGUCACCCUAUCUAUUAGAGGCGUUUCCUGAAAUCCACCUUCUUACAGCUCUUUCCAUUCUCUUUUCUGGAGGCACCUAUACACACUUCAGACAAUGGGCCAAACAUCUUCACCUGAAUUUCAUGGGACAUGAAACCUUUCUUGAAGUUCAAAAGGCACACAUCAGCCCAGAAAUGAAACGGACGAACAGAGCUGAGCAGGAAGCAAUCUUGGCAAAGGACAUCUACCGACAAGCUGAAGGCUCUCUGCGUCACAUUUCAGAUGCUCUGAAGAAAAUUAAGGCCGAGAGAAGAGAGAAGAGAGCUCUGUCAUCAUCAUCAUCACUGUCCAGUUCUGAAGAGAGAUCUUCAGCGUUAAAGACAGCUGCUGAAACUAGUAUACAAGAGUCUUUUGCAUCAUCAAGUCCUGGACCAGACCAUGAAAGUGGCCAGCAGCAUCAACAUGAAGCUAAACAUCAGAGCAACACUACACAUCAGACGUCAUCAGAGCUGGCCUGGAUCCAGGACAGCAGUGAGGAGAUGGAGGUCACCAUUGCUGAGGAUGAAUACGACAGUGUGAAGAAAAUAAAAUCAGAAUCAACUGAUCUGAGAGCUGCUGGACCCAAUGACAGUGGUGAUGAAGAUGUCUACGUACCAAUAAUUCCUCAGAGGUCCACAGCGUCUGAGCUCUUACUGGAAUGUGAGGAGGAGGAGCUGGAGCCGUGGCAAAAGCAAACGUCACUAAUUAAAGUUAAAGUCGAAGAUGAUGUUGAAGAUACAGCUAAUGACCAAACAGAGUGUAAACCGGAGCCUUCACUUCUUCAGGAAGAUGCUGUAAAUACGUCACCACCUGAGCUGAAAACAGAAACUCCACAGCCUGCUGUUUUCAACAACCAAGCCUUCAUGGUGGCUUCUCCUCAGUUAACAAGCAGCACUGACUUCAUCGGCUCUCUCAGGACGCACUGCCUUGCUGGGACUCCGUUUGCAAUAGUUCCAGCGGUUCAGCAGCAACUCUUCCACAAGGUGUCUGCAGCCACAGUAACGCCUGGACCUGAUGGUGCUGUUCACACUUCUGAGGUGCAUCAAAUCAGCAACAACCCCGUGUCCUCGUCCAGCGUCCUGAGUCCUGCAGCAUCAUCUAGCCGACAGCAGGCCGACCAGCCCGAGUCACAGACGCUUUCUGUUCCCUUUUCUCUGCCUCGUUUUACUGUACUUGAACUUCCAUAAGUUGGCACAUCAAGUAACAAUGAAUGAUAAAUUUAGGUGUAAUGAGAACAGUGAGUUCAUAAGCUGUCUCAUUUAAAUGUGUUAUUACAUUUGCACAAAUUAAUGAUCUGCAGACUAUUUGCACAUUGAUGCGUGUGUGCAGGUGUAACCCUGAGAACCCUGCAGCACAGAACCUGUUACCUCUUUUUCUAUGUCCAAAUAAAGAUAAAUUCCUUUAACGUAA